AUGGAUAAGGUCUGGUUUAAGUUGAGGCAUUCACACAAUCCUGCCCCAGAUGUGAGUACUUUGGGGACGAAUCAGGAGACUGGGCCUGUCCUUCUUGGCCAUUUCAUUCCAGAUCUCAACCACCUCGAUCAAGUCAUCAACCGAGGCGGUAUUAAAGUCUUCCCUGGUGAAAUGAAAGUCUGGCUUACAAGAACAAUUAAUUUCAGAUGGGAUAGCUCCAAGUCUCACGACGUCAACGCAUGCGUUUCGGCGACUGCUCCCGCCGCGGUCGCAGCUGGUGCUGAUGUCCAGUCGAGUGCUAGCGCUGCCUUUCGAGGAUCAGUGGAGAAUUUUGCCGAGUUUGAGGCAUUGGAUUGCUUCAUUGUCGAUCCAGUUAAGUCUUAUAUUGACAAUUACCUGGCUGAAGGCCCUGUAGCAGAUCAUAUCACGUCUCACAAGCUGCUUGGAACUUGGAAGCUGUUCAUGAUUACCGGAAUUAUGAUAGCUCGUGGCGCGAAGACAAGCGAUAAAGAUCAGUUGCGUGGAGAGGGUCAUAUGAACACAGGGCUUUCGGUUCCAGGUAUUGUUGGAACCAAGAUCCAGACCGAUGUGGUAGAAGACAGGAGUCAGUCUUCGUCAGGCUCUUCCGUCACCGAUUUCGUCUGGGCUAUUAGGCUUGCCAAAAUAACUAAAAGUCUCGGCGAAGUUAUACUACAGCGGGACUGGUCAAUGAUUACUGAGACAUCAGGAGCAACAUUUGCGCCGAAUGAAGGAGAAGUGGAUGUCGCCCACGUUGUAUAUGAGGAAGGAAUGGAGAACAUUGGCCUUGUGAUUGAAGAUGAGGAUUUGGACAUGGCGUUUGUGCUUAAAUAG